CUACCGGAAAAGAAAACAGUCCGAACACCAGGGGAAGGUUGCGGGGCUGUAGCGGCGGAAAAGAAGAACUGAUGGUGCAGCGGGAGCCUUUCCACAUGAUUCAGGUGUCGAUCCCGUCUCUGGAGAAGGAAGUGGAGGAAUCUGGGAAGUCGAAAAAGCUUUUCAGAGUUGAAGUCUUGUUUAAUGAGAGGAAACAUUAUGUGCUCAGAAGAAACAGUGAAUUCCAGACCCUUCACAGGAAGCUUAAGAAGAUCAUCCAGACCCCAGAUUUUCCGAGCAAAAGGAGCCCCCAUCUGAGGACCAAACCUCUGGAGCAGAGGCGGCAGGAGCUGGAAGAUUACAUCCAGGAGGUCAUCUAUCAAAAUGAAGAUGUGCCACAGGUGCUGCUGGACUUCCUCCAUGUGAAACACUUCCACACGGGGAACAAGAUCAGCAGCUUUGAAUCGCUGGAUGAACUGGACAGUCAGGAAUACAACAACCAGCUACCACAUCAGCGGGUUUUGGGGUUCUUCCAAGAUCCUUAUCACUCCUGCAGCUCCUCAGGUCUCCCAGAUAUUGUAGUGGAUGGAGUUCUCCAGGGCUUCUACCCCCGGGAUAUCCGGGUCAGCUUCAGCUCCUCCAUUCUCCCUGAACAUGAUCCUAUGUCUUCUAUCGAGACCUGAUGGACAAAAUGGUUCAAAAACCCAGAAAGGGCAUGAGCACAGCUGCAUUUCAGUGAAUUAAAAUAUCACCCAAAGGUUCAUUUCAUUCAGUGAAGAGCAUCAGGCUGAUAUAAUUAAUAGAUUUCUGACACAUUUUAAACAUAUUUAGAUAUUUGGGGCUUUUGUCCAAAAAAAAAAAGAUUAAAAAAAACAAUGUUUCUGUUUAUCUGAGAGUUUUAAUGAAAAAGGAUUUUAGCACAAAAAUAUUCUGAUGAAAACUGUCCCCAUGCGCUCUAUACUUGGUACACUCAAUGGUUUGGGGUCUUUUUGCAUGAAUUACUGCAUCUCCAUAAAACUGGUAACUGGUGGAAGCCAAGACGUGCUCAAAGCGGGUCUCGGGCAGCUUGGAUUUGGUGCUGGCAGAUGCUGAGAGGUGGAUUUCUGAUAUAAAACAUACGUAGUAGAAAAGGCUGUAAAUUAGAUUAAAUGGCAUCCAUAGUAGGAUUUCUAUGCUCCAUUCUCCCUGUUUUUCCACUGCUGGCCCAUUAUUGAUGCUUUGUUGUUACAUGUAUAAUAAUAAUAAUUUUCACAUAUAUUCUCAUGAUGAGUCUUAGUUUCAGUACUGAAAUGAAUGUAGUUUUCAAGGCCUUUCUGAUUUAUUGAGAUGCGGCUGUGUUAAUGAAAAGCCAUGUGAGUCUCUGGAGCCAACUUCCAAGGCUGAGGGGAGCAUUGCAAGCAGUUUUUAACUUGAACUUGGUUAGCCUGUUAUUCAAAAAUACUUCAGUUUGCAGUCAGACGUCCAGAGAAGCACGUGGCCAAACACAGCAUAUAUUUCAUGCUUUUUUAAACAUUUUUAUUAAUGUUGCGACUUUGUAAAACAUGAUUCUGUUGAUGCUUUUUAAAAUAUUUUUCUCACUUUUGUAAAAAAAAAUGUUUAUUCUAAAAUACUAAUAAAUAAAUCAAAAGGGUAA